AUGUCUUGCGCACUUGGAUCCAAUGGCCAACUCAAAGACGCUAGCGCCAUCGAUUGGUACAAUGAUCCCGACGAUGACACCCCCAUGCUUGCUCCACCUCCGCCUCCUGCAUCCAAUGGCAAGCUGACUGCCUUCGUGUCUCGCUCAGGCCGAGCCGUUAAACCGACAGAAAAAAUCCGCAAUGCUGGCAACACAGCUCCAGCCAAAGCUGCCAAACGAGUGCCUCCAGUGCCUCCCCAAGGACAGCCCGCACCCAAGCGAGUGCAACGAACCUGCCAAUGCUCAACAAUCGUUUUCGGCGACUCGUGA